UUCAAAGCGUUAAGACGAAAAAUCGGAGAAAAUUUGGAAAAUAAAUACAAAAACGCAGCGGUUGUUAUAAAAAAAAAGAAAAUGUUUGCAAAAGAAAUUCUAUAAAAAAGUAAAAAAAAAAUUAAAUGAAAUAAAUAAAUCAUUAAAAGUGGAAAUUGUAUAAAAUUUAAAGAAAAUAUAAUAAAAUUGUUGAAAUUUUCUAGAGAGUUUAAUUUAAUUAAAAUUAUAACGAAAAAUUUAAGAAAACAAAGUUCAAAACAAACUUCUAAUUACUUCUAAUAUCUAAACAAGUCACACUUUUUAUUAUUGUUUUUCCACCUUUAAACUGGAAGCAAAAAAAAACAACAACAACAAAUUUAAGGAAAACACAGAAAGCGUCAACAUUUUUUCUAACGGUAAACACACACAACAACAAAAAAGCAUACAAGUGUGUGUGAGAAACGAACAUGUAGGAAAAAACAUACUGAAAUAAAUACAACAGAAAAAUAUAAUAAAAUGUAAUUUAUCUGCACUCGUACAUCACACAUUCAGUGGAAACUAUAAAAUAAAACAAAAGAUAAAAACGACAAGCUAAAGCCACAAUAAUAUUGUGGUUAAGAAAGAAGAAACUUAAUAUUGAAAACUUGGAAACUAAUUUUAACAAAAAAUUGAUUUUAAUUUUACUUAAUGUGUUUAAUAGCAAAAAGUUAAAAAAAAAAACGAACAAGAAAUAUUAUUCAACUAGUGUUUUUUAAUAGCGACAGUUUCUUUAGUUUACAAUGUGGUUGCAUUAUUAUAGCAAUAUUGCAACAAUUUGUGGAUUAAUAGAUAAGCGGAUUAAAAUGCUGCAUUCAUAGAGUGUGGAACUAACGAACUGUAAUGACAAUGACAAUGCCAAUCAUAAAAUAAAAUAAAAAUUUUGGCUCAGAUCGUGACAAUACAAGUACAACUUUUUACCGUCAACAAUAUCAAAAGUAUAAACAAAAAACUAAUUAAAAUGCAAUUUAAAUUAACAAAACAACAAGAACUAAAAAAGUUGCACUAUAAACGCCAACUUAAGCAACAUAACAAAUUCAACAGAACAAACAUAAGCACCAACAACCAUUAACAGCGGCAUAAUACAGUUAAAGUUUGCAUUUCAUUUUACUUUUUUUAAUAAAAAAAAAACAAGCAAAAACAAAAUAGUUGAAGAAAGUAGAAAAUAAAAAUUCAUCUAAAUGGAAUACAGAAUAAAAUAAAUUGUAGCUGCAUCUAAAUGAAGUUAACAAUCUGUCAAUUUGGUAAAUUGUUUCUGCUGUUGACAGCCUUUUUCUUCGUAACUAAAUCCUUUCAAAUACUUGCUGUUGACGCUGCUGCUACUGCCUCUACCUUUGUUACCCCUGGUCCUAUUGCUAACAAAACUGUUACAGUUGCUAUAGAAACUAGUGUGAAGACAGAUGCUGUUGGCAGUUUAAAGUCUUCUAAUACUAAUACUCUGGUUGAACAGGACAUUGAGCGGAAAUUUGAAAUAGUUACACAACAGCCAACAACUAAAUCGAUAAUAAAAACUAACAACAACAGAAGCAAUAAGGUGAAAAGCCAAGUAAAUGAAAAAACACAACAACUACAACAUCAAACACUCAUAAAUAAUACAUUUAACGUUUUAUCAAAUAAAGUAGGGGAAAAGUUAGAAAAUAUUACAUUAAAAGGAAAUGAAAAUCAAACAGCAACAACAUUGCCUACAACAAAAAUAUUCGAUUUACCAGCAACUAAACUGCAACAGACUGUUGUAAAUGGAUUAUUAGCAAAACCUUACAAUACUCAACCGAAUGCCAAUAAUGUUGACUACAAUAAUAAUGAAAAUCAUGUCCAUGAUGACGAUGAUGAUGAUGAGUAUGUCAAAAUUAAGUCAAAUGUAUCAAGACAAAUGUCAGACAGAAUACAAAGCUCAUCAACCACACAUGUGACACAUUUAAAUCAAAUACACUCCGGCCAAACAGCAAACAAUGAAUUUUUAUUACAACAAACCAAAAUAAAACAACAAAAGCGCAUAAAACCUCAGUUCAAUAAACAACCUUUAUUACGAUCAUCGACAUCAUCAUCGUACUCAUCUGUAUCAGCAUCAGCAGUAGCCGCAAUAAAAUUAAAUACAGUCUCUUCAGCUUCAACAUCAUUAUUACCCCUACGAUCUCAAUAUAAUCAAAAGCAACAGGACUAUACAUCAUUCGAUUUAAACCAGUAUCCAUUUAGACAACAGUCACAACAACUAGAACAUCAAAAAAUAUCCUCUAAAACAGCAGCAUCAGCUAAAACAUUACCAUCAUUGUCGUCAUCAUCAUCAGCAUCAUCAUCGGGGAAACGUGUGGGUAUUUUAAUGCCUUCUCGUCUGCUCAAUAGAAUGCAUGUGCAACAGGGUUUUCGUAAUUUUGUGGAAUUUUUCCAAGUGAACUUGAACAAUGUCAGUGUUGAUUUUAUACCAGAUGAUGAUUUAACAACGUUCAUUAAGCUACUGGAACAACCCAAUUACACAACGUUGGUGAAAACCUUAAAUGCUGGCAUUAAUCUAGAUGAUGAUAAUGAUGACCUUGUUGAAGGAGCUUUCUUUAAGCCACAACAACAUCAACGUAAUCAUCAACCGACAGAGCCACACAAAAACCAGCCAUCAAACAAAGAAUCACAGGAAAAUCAAACUAAAGAUGAAGACAUGAAUAUGGUUGAAAAUAAAAAUGAAAAAGUAAAACUAAAAGAUAAUGAAAAUAAAAAUUAUGAGGAUUUACAAAAUCAAAAACAUUCACAAGCAACAGCAUCAGCAUCAGCAUCAGCAGCAGCUUCAUCUUCGAUGGCAAGAAAUGAAGCUGGUGGUUUAACAAAGGAAUCUAUAGAAGAGGAACAACAACAGCAAGAUAAACAUUUAAACAUUGGUUAUUGCCACUUGACUAAAGCUCUGGAGCGUGAUUUUAAUAAAACCGUUUUUCUCUGGCCAUGUCCGCACAUGAAAGAAUCUAGCAAUUUUCUACCAUCAUACGAAGCAAUUUCCUUUGCUGUUAAAAGUAUAGCAACUAAACUUAAUUGGACAAAAGUUGACAUCUACAUUGGCGAUGAAAAUUGGGCAUUACCAAUGGCCAUAGCAGCAAACAUGCAUGUACCAUAUAAAAUUGAAAUUGGAGAAGAUGACAUACGUGAUCUGAAUGCUGAAGAUAAAAUUGGUAAAGCAAUUAUCAUUACGGCUGCCAUGAAUGAUGUUACAACAUUACGCCUGCUCAGCUUAUUGGAAACCUUAAUACAUACCAAAGUGCUGCUCAUUGACAUUGUGGCAACAUCUUUUAAUGCUGAAAAUCGUUUCUACAAGUAUUUGACACGUAUUAAACCAGAAUCUCAACUAAUGUCCAAUCUGCUGCUAUUGACAAUACUGAGUGACAACUAUCGAUAUUUCCUUAAUGUGGCCUUUGAUAAUAAUGGCAUUGAAAUGGUGCAAAAUUUUCGCCAACAAAAAUUGGAGCGUGAAAAGGAAAAAAGUAAACAGGCUCAACCCAAUAACUGGCCUAUACAUUUGGAUGAAUCUGUAACGGAGGUGUUGCAAUUACGUGAGGAUAGCAAUAACAAGUUAAAUAGAACUAUAUCUGCAGAAAUGGCAAAAAAAGAAUUUUUAUUUUUACAGCAAUUGCUAAAGGAGUGUUCUGUACUGAAUGUUUCUGCCACAAAUAUAAAUUUAUUAUGUAUUAAUUCCCAGCAUAUAAAAGAAAACUGUUUGAAUGAGAAACAACAGCUGGUCUUUGAAAGAUUUUGCCAAAAUCAUAACACCUUUAGAGAACAGCAAUUAAUAGAAAAUUUAAGAAAUUUUAUAGAUUUUUUUAAUUUUUAUGAUUUUUUAAUUGCUAAUAUUUUAAAUUCCACGCCAGCUGAAGCUUCGACAAUAUCCUCAACUGCUAGUAAAUCUUUAAAACAUGUGCCAAAAUACGAUUUUAUUGUUCUAGAUGUGGUACGUGGCAUUGCCAAUAAAGUUGCAGAUGCAACAAGCCAUAUAUCCGUUACUAAUGAUACCACUAGCAGCAAUAUGUUUGAUUUUAUAAACGGAAAACAUCAACUAGAACUUCAAUACUACAGUUUAACAAAUACAACUAAAAGUUCAUCAUCAUCUUCAACACCAUCAUCAUCAUCAUUAGUAUUUAAAUGGCGUCCCCUAUUGAUAUUAGAACAACAUGAAAUCAAUUUAAAAACCUAUAUAACACAUUCCAUUCUACCUGGUUACGAUGAUUGGCUGUUAGUUAGCACUGCUCAGCUUUGGUAUUGUGGCUCCAUAUGUUGGACGAUUAUUGCCAUAUGUGUGGGUGUCUUGUUAGUUAUUGUUGUGGCAAGUGUUGCAGCUGGUAUUGCCAUGAGAAAUUAUUUAUUACGCAAACGUUUAUCUAAAGGACCUAAUAAAAUUGUAUUAUCUGCAAAUGAUUUUGUAUUCCCGGUGGAUUCACGUAGAGUGGAUGAGGGCAUUGAAGCCAUGCUGUGCUGUUGGCUGCAACAAUUACAAGAGUUUGGUGGUCCGGAGGUGGACAAGCCGGAUUUGUUAAAGGGUUCUAUAGGUUCUUUAAAAAAUCUGGGCUUUAUAAUACCAGGUGCUGCCAAUAAUUCCACAACAGCCACAGUUAAUGGUAAAACUAGUUCUGGUUCGGCCAGUUUGGCUAGACAUAAUCCCGCCUUGCUGGACAUGAGAGCCAGAUAUAAUGGUGAUCUAGUGCAACUUAAGGAGGUGCCUUUAAAUGGUUCCAAUGAAUUGAAAGCCAAAGCCAUGGACUUACUGGUAAUGGCUCAUGGUCUGAGACAUGAAAACAUUAAUCCCCUAAUAGGCUGGCUGGCCGAUCCCAGUCGCACGGCCAUGGUUUUCGACUAUUGCUCACGUGGUUCACUGCAAGAUGUCCUCAUCAUGGAUGAAAUCAAAUUAGACUGGUCAUUUCGUUUAAGUCUCCUAACAGACUUAGUACGUGGCAUGCGUUACUUGCAUGCCUCACCACUGCGUGUUCAUGGUACAUUAACGUCACGUAAUUGUGUUGUUGAUGCACGUUGGGUACUUAAAAUAACUGAUUACGGCUUACCUCUAUUCUAUGAGGCUCAAGGUUUAACACUACCACCACGCAACUACAAAGAACUACUCUGGACAGCUCCAGAGUUGUUGCGUUCACUGAAACCUCAAAAUCAUCAGCACCACCAUCACCAUCAUCAUGGUGCUAGAAUAUUGGGUACUCAGGCCGGUGAUGUCUAUUCGUUUGGCAUAAUAAUGCAAGAAGUGGUGGUGCGCGGUGAACCGUACUGUAUGUUGUCGCUGUCGGCUGAGGAAAUAAUAGCGAAAAUAAAAAAACCACCACCUUUAAUAAGACCUUCGGUAUCAAAGGGUGCUGCACCACCGGAGGCGAUUAAUAUAAUGCGUCAAUGUUGGGCGGAACAACCAGAAAUGCGACCAGAUUUCAAUUCAGUUUAUGAACGUUUUAAAUUGUUAAAUCAUGGACGUAAAGUGAAUUUUGUCGAUACGAUGUUUCAAAUGUUAGAGAAAUAUUCAAAUAAUUUGGAAGAAUUGAUACGUGAGAGAACCGAACAAUUGGAUAUUGAAAGAAAAAAGACUGAGCAGCUGUUAAACAGAAUGUUGCCGAGUUCGGUAGCUGAAAAACUAAAAAUGGGCUUAGCCGUUGAGCCCGAAGAAUUUUCGGAUGUUACAAUAUAUUUCAGUGAUAUUGUUGGUUUUACAACAAUAGCUGCUCAUUGUACACCGGUACAGGUUGUUGAUCUUUUAAAUGAUCUCUAUACGAUAUUUGAUGCUACCAUCAAUGCUUAUAAUGUUUACAAGGUUGAAACCAUUGGUGAUGCUUAUAUGGUUGUUAGUGGCAUACCCGUACGUACACCCGAUCAUGCUGAGCAAAUUGCCACCAUGGCUUUAGAUUUACUGCAUCAAAGUGGCCGUUUUAAUGUUAAACAUUUACCAGGAGUGCCGCUACAAUUAAGAAUAGGUCUACAUACCGGUCCCUGCUGUGCGGGGGUGGUUGGUUUAACUAUGCCUCGGUAUUGUUUAUUUGGUGAUACAGUAAAUACCGCCUCGAGAAUGGAAUCGACUGGUUCCUCUUGGCGCAUUCACAUGUCUCAGGAGACACGUAAUCGUUUAGAAGCUCGUGGUGGCUAUAUGAUAGAACCCAGGGGUCUUAUAGAUAUUAAGGGUAAAGGCAUGAUGAAUACAUUUUGGUUGUUAGGCAAGAAAGGUUUCGACAAACCUUUGCCAAAUCCCCCACCGAUAGGAGAGUCACAUGGUUUAGAUGAAUCAUUGAUACGCAACUCGAUCACACUCAAGGCUCAGGCCAACAAAUCACGUAAUAGUACAAAUCCAUCUUCCAGCCAAUCCUCCUCUCUGGCCGGUGAGUCGGUUGAGGUUAAAGUUGAAAUUACACCACCCACAAAUGUUGAUGUUUGUUCAUCCUCAAAUCUACCCAAUUCCUAUUCACUGGAUUCCAAUUCAACCAAUACCAUUAGUCCCAAUAUGACACUGUGUCCAGAGUUUCCCACUAAAACGCCCAGUAACUCACCACAACCUAGAAAGAUAACUGAUAUUGCAACCGAUAAUCUAUUAAAUCCUUCAAAUUUCAAUCGUUUACCCACAUCAGCGGCGGGAUCAUCAUCGAGACUUUAUAAGAAAAUUGAGGAAAUGAUGGAUCUUAGUUCACCCUAUAAUCAUUAUAAAUGCUUGAGUCCAAGUGAAAGUAAUCUGACACAAUUCUAUGAUGGCAAAUAUUUGUAUAGUAGUGGUGUGGGUGGUGUUGGUACAACGGCGGCUAAUAGUUUUCAUUCGGUAACGGGUAGAUUUGAAAAACCCGGUUCUUCACGUUUACUACGACGUCAAUUUAGUUUGGAUCGUGACGAUACACAAUCGAAAUCUGAACACCAACAUCAUCAGCAUCAUCAGUCUUCCUUACAAUCUUCCCUACCGCUAUCGUUAUCGAAUAAAUCUUCAACACUGGAAAUACCUAUACUGCAUGAUACGGCCAGAAGUCCCAAGGGUACUCUCACCAGGGUACACAAACAAAAUUCCACUUCUAUAGCACAAGAUCUGGAGAAAAUUGAAGAGAUACCCUUAUCGCCAGCUUCAUCACAACAACACAGUAGUUUAGAUAGUAACAUUAAUCGUAGUCCUCCCUCCACCAUAGAAGCUCAAUCACCACCGGUACAAAAUGUAACAAAACGUAAAAGUGGUCUCUUGACCUCAAUGUCACCACCACCCACACUACUAUCGGCACCUACCUCACCUGCUCCUUCCAGAUCUCUGAAUGGUGUGGCCUAUAAUUGCACCAUUAUGGAAAGUCCAACUACAGAUGCGUCUACAGCCACCACAACAGCUUCGGUUAAUUCGAAUACUACGACACCAAUAGAGGAGCCUAGUGGUAAUUUAAAGAAACCAGAAAUAAUGCUUAAUGUUGAGGCAUUGAUCAGCAGGUAGGAUACGGUUUAAAUUUAAUUUUUAUUUAAAAGAAUUUUAAUUUAGAAAAUUUAGCAAGGUGUUUUUGUUAUUUUUUGUUUGAUCCUACUUUAGCAAUUUUAUGAAAUGAUACGACUUAUUACUAGAAAUUUGAAUGGCUUUAUAAUUAAGAAGAAAUGGUACCUUAUAAGUAAUGGGCUUUUUAGCAUAAAAGUACAAUUUAUUUUUUUGUAUUUUUAUUUAACCAUGAGAUGUUAUUAUAUUAAAAUGCAUAUAGAAAGUUUAUGUAAUGAAAGUGUUUAAUUAAGUAAGAAAUUGUUAAAAUUUAAGAAAAAUUUACGUAUAAAAAACAAAUAUGAAAGUCGGACAAUGCCGAUUAGAAAAUACCCUACACCUUUUUAGAAAUUACACCUGCAACAACUAUGGACUGUAAUAUGAAAAAAUUCUUUUAUGAUACCUUUUCUUCUUCGAACAUUUUUAAGAAACUUAUUUAUUUCAAAGCGGCUUUGUUUAAGGUUGUUUCUCAAAAUAUUUUGGAUCUCUUGAUGAUGAAAAAAGAAUUUUAAUAAUACUUAGUAUUAAAGGUCUAUUGGCUGGAAGUACCAAGGCAAGAAUCGAUAAUUACUUACCUGUCUACCGAUCUGUGAGAGUGGUGGUUCAGAGAUUUAUGCCAUAGUCUUACCUCCGAAGGUUAUUCACAGUCCGGAAUCUGAUAGUACCAAGAACAAAAAAAUAUUGCAAUCGACCUAAUGGCUGAUGAAAUCGUACCAUCAAGAGAGACUUGAUCGAUAAUUCAGAAGAUCGCUUUUAAGAUAUAAAAAAGUUGAAAAUCAGAACCUCGUAGUAUCAAACCAAAAUGGACAACAGCCUCACCUUCCCCAAGCAACUAAGAAAUUUCUAAUUCCAAACGAAUGUGAAGUCCCUUCAGAUUCCUCCAUUAGUCUAUAAAAAGUUUCCAACGAACAAACGAUGGGUGGAAUCCACCCUUGAUUAAUUGCCAUAGAUCGGUACUGAUCUUUUCAUACAAAGAAUAUAAUUUCUCUAUAAUAAUCUAUAAUUUCUUCAUCUUUUUUGUCCAUCUGAAGAGCUUUCAUCUUUAGAUGUAAUUCACUUAAUGGUAUUCUCUUAGUAAUUUUUUAAUAAAUCAGAGAAUCGUGGCUCUUUGACAUUUAGGACCGAUUUCCUUGAGAACUGUUUCCUUAAUUAAUAAUUUUAAGGAAGUCAGCUCGAAGUUCCUCUGUCAUCUUUUUUCACCUGGUGCUAUAAGUUCUAUAUGGUUUAAAUGGCUGGUUAAUGCCCUUCUGUUUUCCGGAAUUGGGGGCAUUAGCCUAGUGGAUAAGUCCACUAACUUUCUACAGGCAUGAGUAUUAGCACAGUUGGCUGCAGAUUUCGCCUGUUGUUCUUCCAGAAAGAACUCUCUCAAAACAAAUUUUGACAGGAUCAAAAAUUCUUUCGAUUUUAACGAUAUUCUAUCUGUUUAUCCUGACAAUAUAUGUCCUUUUCUUUGCUUUCUCUUACUCCUUCAGUAUAUCUUCGAGAAGAACAUUCGCUCAACUUGUCACCAUUGAGAGGAAAAUUUCCUUUACAAUCUGCUGUUAUGCUUCUUGUCAGAAAGCAGAGCCAACUUCCAUAACUUCCGAGUAACACUGGUUUUACAAUAAAGUACCUGUUCUUCAUGAUACACUAUCACGUAAUCAACUUCAAGUUUUUUCCAAAUACUUGUGAAUCGACUAUUGAAAGGUUAGACAAAAGACUAGUAUAUUAGACUAGUCCAUAAACCAGUCAACAGACUAUUCCACAAACUAGUCAACUAACUGGUCUACAAACUUACCAAUAGACUAGUUUACAAACUUGACAAUAGAGUAAUUCAAAGAGCUGUCAAUAGAAUCGAUUAUGGAAUAGUCACUAUCACGUCGUGAACGCUAAAUAAAGACUGUCAAUAGAAUUGUCGAAAUACUUGUCAAUCGACUAGUGUAAAGAUUAGAUAAAUACUAGACUAUAGUCUAGCCAAAAUACUAGUCCAUAAACCAGUCAACGGACUGUUCCACAAGGUAGUCAACAAACUUGUUAAUAGAAUAAUCCAAAAACCUGACUAAGACUAAUCAAUAUUCUAGAAAAAAGACUAGACCAAAUUCUUUUGACAACCCAAUAAGACCAUCCCCAUUAUCUGCUAUGUUCUUCAUGAUCCACUAUCACAUUAUGAAAGUCAAGACUGUCAAUAGAAUUGUGCGAAUUCUGGUCAAACGACUAAUCCAAAGAAUAGACAAAAGACUAGAGUCUAGCCUAAUGACUAGUCUACAAACUAGUCAACUAACUGGUCUACAAUAUUGCCAAUACACUAGUUCACUAACUUCUCAAUAGAAUAAUCCGAGAAUCUGUAAAUAGACUACAUUAUAAACUAGUCAAAGUUGUCAAUUUGCUAGACAAAAGUUUAGUCAAAUGAAUAGAUCAUAGUCCAAUAGUUUAUCAAUAGACUAGUUCACCGACAUGUCAAUAGAAAAGUCCAAUAACUGGUCAAUAGACUACUACAUAAAUGUUCAAAGGACUGAUCCACAGAUUUCUCAUUCGACUAGUUAAUAGGCCACACCAUAGACUAGUCAAUAGGCAAGACCAUAGACUCGAUUGAUUAGUCAAUAAAUGUUUUUAGGUUACGGGUCAUAACCAAAGUUAUAGGUCCAUUAUUGCUCUGCUCCAAUAAGAUCAGUCAAAUGAUUCUCUAUUUAGGUGUAGGGUAAAACCCCAUAAAUAGUUAAAAAAUAUAUAUAAUCUACUUCCAUGUAAGUUGUUUAAUUUUUAUAAAAAAUCUUUAACUAUUGAA